AUGGAUUGGCAGAACGCAAAAAAUAGACAUUUAGUGGAAACUGCCAUUACCUUAUUACAAAAUGCAACUUUAUCUGAGAAAUAUUGGUUUCAUGCUUGUGCCACUACUGCUUAUUUGAUCAAUAGAUUGCCCUGUCAACCUUUGCUUAUGAAAGCACCAUUUGAGGUCAUGUUUGGUUCUUCUCCAUCUUUGGCUCAUCUCAAGAUAUUUGGUUGUGCAUGCUAUCCAUUGAUGAAGCCCUAUAAUCAUACUAAGCUACAGCCUAAAACUACUCAGUGCAUCUUUCUUGGAUAUGCUUCUCAGUACAAAGGAUAUAUUUGCUUUAAUUUUCAAGCUAACAAGCUGAUUGUAUCUCGACAUGUCCUCUUUGAUCAGUCUCUUUUUCCUUCAAGACAUUCCAAGGACACGGUGGUUUCUAGAGCUCCUAUCUCAUUGUCUACUCCUUUUUAUCCUCUGAGUACACCUCCUCAUUUCUCCCAUGUACCAUCUGUGUACUCUAUUGUCUCAGUGUCCUCCUCAAAUUCUUCAUCUUCAGUCAACUUCCACCAAUUUCUGAGCUCUCUAGUUCCAAUAAUGUGUUUGAUGUUGCUGAAGCUUUUGUUUCUGGUGCUCCCACUUCUCAAACAGAUGAUUUGCAAUAUAUUCUUCCUCUUGCUCCUCAAAAUCAUCAUCCCAUGCAAACAAGAACAUGCCAUGCAAGAAGAAAUAAAUGCUUUGAAAACUCAAGGUACUUGGACAUCGGUACCUCUUCCUCCUCAUCGUAAUUUGGUGGGAUGUAAAUGGGUUUAUCGUAUUAAGAAGAAUCCAGAUGGGUCUGUUGCUCGAUACAAAGCACGGCUUGUGGCUAAGGGUUUUUCACAAGAAGCUGGUUUAGAUUAUUCUGAGUUUUUCAGCCCUGUCGUAAAGCCUUCUGCAGUUAGAUUAGUUCUUGCUCUUUCUACUACUUUUGGAUGGCAAUUACAACAACUUGAUGUGAAGAAUGCCUUUCUUCAUGGGCAUUAUGAUAUCAUCAUCACUGGCUCUCAUUCUACUGUUAUUCAAAUGGUUAUUGAUCAACUUUCGAAGGAAUUUGAUAUGAAGCAUCUUGGAGCCCUUUAUUACUUUCUUGGUCUUCAAUUCAGUAUCCAUCUGAUGUUUCCUUAUUCAGAUCCUGCUCAUUAUCGCAGCAUUGUUGGUGCUCUUCAAUAUCUCACAUUCACACGUCCAGACAUUGCCUAUGCUGUGCAUCAAGUGUGUCAGUUCAUGCAUGCUCCUCUGGAUACUCAUUACCUUGCUGUUAAACGUAUUCUUCGAUAUCUCAAGGGUACUAUUGAUCAUGGGUUGCUGUACAAGAAAGGCUCUUUGGAUAUGACUGCUUACACUGACGUAGAUUGGGCUGGUGAUCCCAAUGAUUGUCGAUCCACAAAUGGUUUUGUUGUCUUCUUAGGUUAUAAUCCUGUUUCUUGGUCCUCAAAGAAGCAACAGUCUGUUUCUCGUUCCUCAACUGAAGUUGAGUAUCGUGCUAUGGCUGUGGCUGCAGCUGAGGUUGUAUGGUUACAGCAGCUUUUAUCUGAUUUGCAUUGUCCUCUUCUUCGGAAACCGAUUUUAUGUUGUGAUAAUCAGUCUGCUAUGGCCUUAUCCUCUAAUCCAGUUCUUCAUUCUCGUGCUAAGCACAUAGAGAUUGACUGUCAUUUGUUCGUGAAAAGGUCACUCGUGGUGACUUGCAUCUUCAACAUGUUUCUUCUGCCCAGCAGGUUGCUAAUGUGCUUACUAAGGGCUUAUGUUCUCCUUCUUUCACUUUUCAUUGUUCCACCCUCAUGCUUGGUCCUCAUGUGCAUGAGGUUGAGGGGGGAUGACAGAGUGUUAGACACUUGUACCUAUGAUAUGGUGACAAGUGUCAUAAUGUGA